GAGCGCCGAGCGGGCGGGGCGGGGAUAAAUGUCUGCGGGGCGCGGGGCCGCCAUUUUCUGUGAGCGCCCAGCGCGGCCCGGGCCGGGCACAGAUGAUGUGCUUCAUCCUUUUGUCAUAGGACUUCAUUCACUUAAAGGAAAACUGAAGACCACACCCAUGGAGCACAUUCAGGGAGCUUGGAAGACCAUCAGCAAUGGCUUUGGACUCAAGGAUUCUGUGUUUGAUGGCCCCAACUGUAUUUCCCCCACCAUAGUGCAGCAGUUUGGUUACCAGCGCCGAGCCUCUGAUGAUGGCAAAAUAUCCGACACCUCCAAAACCAGCAACACCAUCCGCGUGUUCCUGCCCAACAAGCAGCGCACCGUGGUGAAUGUGCGAAAUGGGAUGACCCUGCACGACUGCCUGAUGAAGGCACUGAAAGUGAGAGGCCUGCAGCCAGAAUGCUGUGCAGUGUUUCGACUUCCUGAGACAAAAGGCAAAAAGGUGCGUUUGGAUUGGAACACGGACGCUGCCUCCUUGAUUGGAGAGGAGCUGCAGGUGGACUUCCUUGAUCAUGUGCCACUCACUACACACAACUUUGCUCGGAAGACCUUCCUGAAGUUGGCCUUCUGUGACAUCUGCCAGAAGUUCCUGCUCAACGGCUUCCGCUGCCAGACCUGCGGCUACAAAUUCCACGAGCACUGCAGCACCAAGGUCCCGACCAUGUGUGUGGACUGGAGCAACAUCAGGCAGCUCUUAUUGUUCCCAAAUUCAAAUAUCAGUGACAGUGGUGUCCCUGCACUACCUCCCUUGACAAUGAGGCGGAUGCGGGAGUCUGUCUCCCGGCUACCUGUUAGUUCCCAGCACAGGUAUUCUACACCUCAUGCCUUCACAUUCAACACCUCCCACCCUUCCUCUGAGGGCUCUCUGUCCCAAAGACAGCGCUCCACCUCCACACCAAAUGUCCACAUGGUCAGCACUACAAUGCCUGUAGACAGCAGGAUAAUUGAGAAUAACAGCCUGAAUGCUUCUCCCAGCUCCUGGUGCAGACGGUUUUGUUUGAGGGGAAGAGAUGCAAUUCGAAGCCAUAGUGAAUCAGCCUCACCCUCUGCUCUGUCUGGAAGUCCUAACAAUAUGAGCCCAACUGGCUGGUCCCAGCCUAAAACCCCAGUCCCAGCCCAAAGAGAGAGAGCUGCUGGAUCUAAUACACAGGAAAAGAACAAAAUUAGGCCUCGUGGGCAGAGAGAUUCCAGUUAUUACUGGGAAAUAGAAGCCAGUGAAGUGAUGCUUUCCACCAGGAUAGGCUCGGGUUCCUUUGGGACAGUUUACAAAGGCAAAUGGCACGGGGAUGUAGCAGUGAAGAUACUAAAGGUUGUAGACCCGACCCCAGAGCAGUUCCAGGCUUUCAGAAAUGAAGUGGCUGUGCUGAGGAAGACUCGGCACGUGAACAUCCUGCUCUUCAUGGGCUACAUGACCAAGGACAACCUGGCCAUCGUGACGCAGUGGUGCGAGGGCAGCAGUCUGUACAAACACCUGCACGUCCAGGAGACCAAGUUCCAGAUGUUCCAGCUCAUCGACAUCGCCCGGCAGACGGCGCAGGGCAUGGACUAUUUACAUGCAAAGAACAUCAUCCACAGAGACAUGAAAUCCAAUAAUAUCUUUCUCCACGAAGGCCUGACAGUGAAGAUUGGGGACUUCGGGCUGGCGACGGUGAAGUCGCGCUGGAGCGGAUCCCAGCAGGUGGAGCAGCCCACGGGCUCCAUCCUGUGGAUGGCCCCCGAGGUGAUCCGGAUGCAGGACAGCAACCCCUUCAGCUUCCAGUCAGACGUCUACUCCUAUGGAAUAGUGUUAUAUGAGCUGAUGACAGGAGAGCUGCCCUACUCCCACAUCAACAACCGAGAUCAGAUCAUUUUCAUGGUUGGCCGAGGUUAUGCUUCCCCAGACCUCAGUAAACUGUACAAGAACUGCCCCAAAGCAAUGAAGAGGCUUGUAGCAGAUUGCUUGAAGAAGGUUAGGGAAGAACGACCUCUGUUCCCACAGAUCCUGUCGUCCAUCGAGCUGCUGCAGCACUCCCUGCCCAAGAUCAACCGCAGCGCGUCGGAGCCGUCGCUGCACCGCGCGGCGCACACGGAGGACAUCAACGCCUGCACCCUCACCUCCUCCAAGCUGCCCGUCUUCUAGGCCUGCCCCGCCCGGGGACGGGCACAGGACAGUGUGCCCUCCGUGCCUCGGGCACAGGACAGUGUGCCAUCCGUGCCUCAGGCACAGGGACAGUGUGCUCUCCGUGUGCUCUCCGUGCCUCGGGCACAGGACAGUGUGCCCUCCGUGCCUCAGGCACAGGACAGUGUGGUCUCCGUGCCUCGGGCACAGGACAGUGUGCCAUCCGUGCCUCAGGCACAGGACAGUGUGGUCUCUCGUGUGCUCUCUGUGUGCUCUCCGUGCCUCGGGCCCAGAGCAGCGCCAGGGGAGCCUCCCCGUCCCAAGGAGCUGCUGCGGAGCCGCUGCCAGGACCGGCGUUCUCAGCCCUGCUGGGGCAGGGACACUGCACGUCAAGAGAUCUAUUACUGGUUCUUUAAUAGAUGCACUUGAGCCUUACUUUACAGAUGCUCCUCUGGCGGUGGUUGUGGCUGGGUGUGUGCUGAGGGGGUGUUCCCACAGCCAGGGUGGCUCUGAGGACAGGUCGUGGUGCUCUGAUUGCCACCUCGGUGGGGGAGCUGUGCCUGCAACGGCUCUGCAAACGAGACUGAGGGAAGAGGAAAUAACUCUGGAAAUCAGCUCCUGCCCUAAGAGCUUCAUCAAGCCAAUGAAAUAAGUUAAAAUGCUAAUUCAACACAAAAUAGUUUUGCAAUAGUUUUGCACAUAGAAGAAAAACUCUUGCAAAAGAAUGGAAUCUGUUCCGAAUUGUCCUGCUCAGAGAAGGAAGCAGCCGGUCGUGGUCAUCCUGAGAAGCCUCACAGCUGACUUUGGUACUAAGGACUGUUCCCUGCAGCCCAGGAGUGGAGAGUGGAUCCCAGCCUGAGGGCUGGCCAAGGCUGAGGGAUGUUAUCCGUCUGCAUCCCAUGGGAAGCUGUCGUGCAAGAGAUGCACUAUCAAGAGGAAACUGAGCAUAUACAGUUUUUCUUGCUGAUUUGGGGUUUAAUUUUGUUUUUAUUGCUCCUGAGAAAAUGCAUUUAUUGUAAGCCAAGGUUCCUCUGAUUAUCUUAUUUUAAUAAAAUAAAUUAAAUUUUA